ACUCUAGUUUGUCGACCUCGCCUGCUUGCCACGCCUACGGUGUAUCAAGGCCUUUCGAGAAUACGAUCAGCCCAAACAUUCUGCAAACACAGUGACAGUCGAGUAUGAGUGAAGACGGGUGUGUCCUGCACAAGGGGGGAUGUCACUGUGGCGCUGUCAGAUUCCAGGUGUAUGCUCCAAGUGUGCUCCAUGUGUUUGACUGCAACUGCAGUGUAUGCGUGAAGAAAGGUAACAGACAUUUCAUCGUCCCCAAGUCUAGAUUCGAGCUCACCAAGGGGGAAGAAAACAUAGCAACUUACACGUUCAACACCCACAAGGCCAAGCACACGUUCUGUAAGACGUGUGGUGUCCAGAGUUUCUACUCUCCCAGAUCCAACCCAGAUGGCUAUGGUGUCAGCCCACACUGCCUUGAUGCUGGGACCGUGGAGAAGAUUGAGAUUGAGACAGUUGAUGGCCAGAACUGGGAGAAUUUCAUGAAAACUUCUGAUAUCUCCAAGUAUUCAAAGACAUAGAUAGCAUCUUGAAUUUCACCUUGUUUAAUAGUAUUAUUUUCCAUUUAUCUGAUCUUCUUCAAAUUUUUAAUUAAUCUCAAGAGGCCAAGGUCAAACCAUUGAUCUAAGGGAGACAAUUCCCAGCACAGAGUUGUUUCCCUUAGCUCUCAGAGUCUGCUUGUUUUAGCUUCAUGACCAACUCAUGGUAUUCGUGCACAUGUUCCCUUCUUAUGCCCCAUUUUUGCAGCUGCUUCCCAUCUGAGAGCAGCCAGCCAUAGUUAAAUGAAUUGUCAACUCACACCUAAUGAUUUAUGUACAUAUGAAUGGAGUGUUUUCAUGUUCGAUUUAUUUUAAUAAAAUGUAUAUUAUCAGACUUACGUUGCUAGACAUCAUUAAUGAACACAUAUCUGGGUAUAUAUCUUAUGCAAGAAGGGCGGUGGGAUAGCUUAGUGGUUAAAGCGUUCGCUCGUCUCGCCGAUGACCCGGGUUCGAUUCCCGGUUAUGGUGAGUGGCUUGUGGUCCAGACUUGGCCAUCACCAUACUAAUGGUGCAGCCUUAAACAAUAAACAAACAAACAGGAUCUAUGUUGCAGCUAAAGACAUCAGCAAGGAUUUCACAAGAUGCAAUCAAAUAGUAUCUUGUCCUAAAAGUAUGUCCCUCCAAAUUUGACAGAGAUACGUGGCUUCUUUUUUCCCUUCUUUUUGGAAAUACUCAAGUUACUGUCAACCUGACACAUAAUCCUUCAUGACAUGUACAUGCCUAUGAUGAACUUGGUCUCUUGAAUUAAGAAUGCAUAAAUAUCAGAUAUUCAGGGACUGUAUCAAUUCACAGUUAUAGCUAUGGGAAUUGGUUACUAUAAAAUGGCAAUAAUAUUGAACAAGAGGUUCAAAAAAUCACCUUCAUCUAAUAUUCAAGAUGGUGUACUCACUUCACUCAUGUGUUUUUUAACAAAUAUACUGGUAUAUGUUUUCGAAAUAAAAAAGGUACUGCCUCAA